CAAGGAUGUGCUGUUAAUUUAUAUUAAAACAUGUUGCUUAUAUUACGGAAUAUUGACCACAAACGUGGAUGGUUAAGUCUGAGAAGUUUAUCUGUAAGAAACAAACACAUGAACGAAAGGCGAAUAGGUUGUCACAACGUGUAAAAUUCCACUCUGGUUUGGCUCUCUACAAGCAUUUGCGCACUUAAUCACGGUUAAAUGACAAUACUAAACGGUUAAAUGACAAUAAUAAAACAAUAUAUCAAAUGGUUCUUUCAUUAAAAUACUUCAGCGAUCGGACUAUGAGCCCGCCCCCCUUCAGGAGUAAAACCGAUUAUUUCACUCGGCAACAUAGAGAGGGUGGAGAGGGAGAGACGCGGGGUUGGGAUUGUAGGAGAGAGAAGUGGAGCAGUCCUCAACAUCAUCAUCAGCAGCAACUAUCUACGGCGUGCUCGCUCAUUCCACCCAGUAUCUCCAGACACUCAGUGCUGGAGACCAGCGAAAAGCGACCUCCCUUCACCAUUUCCAUUUCAAAACUGCCAUCAGACGACACAGCCUGCUUUUUGUGACAUUUUAGAGAGAGAGACACCUCUUUGUCCGUGUUGGUUGAGUUGUGUUUCUGCUGGGCUGGAUUUAAGUGUGCAUCUUUUUGCGAGACGAGUCGGUCUAUCCCGCACUCAGUCGGUUUCUCCCUUCCGCUCAGACUGUCAAACGCCCGGACAAGAAGCCCUCAGCUCCCGGCCCGUGGUUGCUCCUGCGCGUAACGGACACGUUUUAUCCAGAAUGAAGUACGGAUGCUGGAAUCUUUGAAUUGAGCGGAGCAGCAAGUCGAGUGACGAGAGAGAAGAGAGACGAGAGACGAGAAGAGAAAGCAGUUUGAGUGGGGGUGGCACGGCGAGAAAACAAAAAAGCGAGGGACAGCGCAUAAGACGUUUCUUUUCGGCCAGACCAGAUAGACGACAGGGCGGGGAAGAUGGGGAGGAAAAAAAUCCAGAUCACGCGGAUAAUGGACGAGCGCAACAGACAGGUGACGUUCACCAAGCGCAAGUUCGGGCUGAUGAAGAAGGCGUACGAGCUGAGCGUGCUGUGCGACUGCGAGAUCGCCCUCAUCAUCUUCAACAGCACCAACAAGCUGUUCCAGUACGCCAGCACCGACAUGGACAAGGUGCUGCUCAAGUACACCGAGUACAACGAGCCGCACGAGAGCCGGACCAACUCCGACAUCGUGGAGACAUUGAGAAAGAAGGGCCUAAAUGGGUGCGACAGCCCCGACCCGGACGCGGAAGACUCAGUAGGCCACAGCCCAGAGUCCGAGGACAAGUACAGGAAAAUAAACGAAGACAUAGACCUGAUGAUCAGCAGACAGAGACUGUGUGCCGUCCCUCCGUCCAACUACGAGAUGCCGGUGUCCAUCCCGGUGAGCAACCAGAACAGCCUGCUGUACAGCAGCCACCACCCCGGGGCCUCCCUGGGCAACCACAACCUGCUGCCCCUGGCCCACCACGGCCUGCAGAGGAACAACAUGUCUCCCGGGCUAUCACACAGACCCCCCAGCGCAGGUGGCCUGAUGGGCACUGACCUCACGACUGGCGCGGGCACCAGCGCUGGCAAGGAUGGCACACCCUCCCACUACAGAAAUGGCUAUGGUAACCACCGUAACUCCCCGGGCCUGCUGGUGUCCUCUGGAGGUAUGAAGGGUAUGCAGGCCAAGUCCCCUCCGCCCAUGAACCUGGGCAUGAACAACCGCAAACCGGACCUGCGCGUCCUCAUCCCCCCCGGGGCCAAGAACAACAUGCCCUCCAUUAACCAGAGGAUAAACAACUCCCAGUCGGCACAGUCAUUGGCCACCCCAGUGGUGUCCGUGGCAACGCCCACCUUACCUGGCCAAGGCAUGGGUGGCUACCCAUCCGCCAUCUCCACCUCCUACGGUACCGAAUAUUCCCUGAGCAGUGCGGACCUGUCCUCCCUCUCCGGCUUCAACAGUGCCAACAGCAUCCACCUGGGAUCCAUGAGCGGCUGGCAGCAGCAGCACCUGCAGAACAUGCAGCACUCAGCCCUCAGCCAGCUGGGAAAUUGCACUAGCUCUCACUUAUGUCAGGGUUCAAAUCUCUCGCUGCCCAGUGCUCAGGGCCUACACAUCAAGUCCGAACCUGUUUCUCCUCCUAGAGACCGGGCCGGGAGCAGCACCCCGGGGGGCUACGGCGCACCCCCUCAACCCCCCCAGCAGCAGCACCCCAACCACCAGCAGCAGCAGCAGCAACACCCCAGCCAACAGCACCACGGUCACCACCCCCACCCAGGCCAGCAGCAGCAGCACCAGGGGGGUCCGCAGGGAGGGGGCCACCAGGGCUCCGGUCAAGCCCCGCCGGGGCGCCAGGACUCGGGCCGCUCUCCGGUGGACAGCCUGAGCAGCUGCAGCAGCUCCCACGAGGGCAGCGACCGCGACGAGCACCGCGGAGACUUCCACUCACCGCUGGGGCUCACCAGGGGAGCCAAUGGCGGGGGCGGCGGCGGGGGAGGUGGAGGUGGAGGAGGAGGCGGGCUGGAUGAGAGCCACAGCCCCUCGCUGAAGCGGGUCAGGCUGUCCGAAGGAUGGGCCGCCUGAGUCGGGGGGCGGGGAGUGGAUGGAUGGAUGGACGGCGGGCGGAUGUGGUCACGACGGAGGGGGGUUGUUGGACGGACGGAUGGAUGGAGUCGGGUGUCUUAUCCACUCACCCCCGUCCUCCACAACACUCUCCCCGGUUCGCCGAUACAACGUCAUGAUGUCCCAACCCCAAUAAACCCCCCCCUGCCACUGGCACACAGAAGACAACAAUGUCAAUCACGAUGACAAUGACAAUGACAAUGACAAUGACCAUAGUAACAACGUCAAUAAUAACGCAACCCACCCCACUAUACCCAAUACCCACCCUGAUCUGAUCGCCAGAGGGGCUGGAGCACCCACCCAUACGCUUCCUCCAGUCUCAACCAGCCCAAACCCCACCCACAACC